CAGUGAUCCAGAGUUUUAACGCUUUAAGAAAAGCGCGAGAAGAAUUCAGGAGUAAACUAAUGAGCUUAAUUUGCCAAUCUGCUUCCGGUGAGGAUGGAGACGGUAGACCACCCACCGAGGAGGAGAACAAGGCUCGAUAUUAUUAUUACAUUCACUAUGGCCUGGAUACUAUCCACGUUGCACCGUUGGACAACAGAACGAUACUCAGGGUGCAUAAUUUGCUUACACUAAAAUUGAGACAAUGGAAGGACACUCUGUUUGCGAUCACCGCCGAAAUGCGUGAGGAUUUCAUCAUGAGCAUGAAGAAGGCAAUAGUGGACUUCGUAAUGAAAGAUCCAAACGAGAAAGAAGAUACGGGAACCGAAGGAGCGUUUAAAAAUGAAGAGGUUUUUAAAGACGGUUCGUUAAGAAGCCGAUACGCCGUGUCCAAGGCGACUCUCCUAAAGGACCUCUACAGCGUAAACCCAAGCAUUGCUCAAGUCUUGCAAAUUUGGUGGAAACAAUUCAACAAUCUCCGUUUGAUAAGUAUGAAGGACAUAACACAAAUACAUGAAGCUUACGAAUUACAAGACUUUUGUUUCGUGUGCAAAAGACAUAUUGAUGCAGCUUGUAAUGUACUUACGCUUCAAUGGAUUCCGACGUUGCAAGCCGUUUUUCUUCAAGGCAUCAAGAAGAAACAAGUUCCAGAUACAAAGUAUGCGCGUAAAAUAAAGCAUUUCUACAAUUGCCUGGCUUGCAUGAUGACCUAUAAUUUACAAACUUUAUGUUUAAAAUCAAUGAAAGACUUUACAGAAUACAUCAUGGAUGUGACGGGCGAUAAUCAAGGAUUCGUUAUAAACACGGUGUUCCGAGAUGAUGGCAUUGAGUUUGAGCCCCCGUUUGAUGAGUUUAUUGAUCGUUUGUCUAUUAUAUACGACUUCCUCAUAGACGCCUGUCGACAAUAUCCACGUUUGGAGACUAUACUGUAUUACGACUAUGUUUCUCAUAGUAGAUCAACGCUUCUGCCAAAAAUAGAUCGGCAUCUUGUGGAAAAAUACAGACAAGAUAUACAUGAUUUAAUUAAUGAACAGAGACUUGGGCCCGAAUUGCGAACCAAAGAUUUUGACCCUUAUGUUUGCUUGUUAAAUGGGGAGUCCCGGAUGAAAGUUGAAGCCUUCCUGAAGUCAGUGCCUGAAAAAACAUUUGAGCAGUUUUGCGACGAAUCGGUCAAGUACGUGGAGUUAGCGCGAAACAUGACGCUCAAUCUAGAAGGAACUAUUGUGAUUGGAAUGUUCAGAAUGCAAAGGACAGAUCUGAUCGGCAUGUUGCGCCAAGCCGCCUUGAAUAUGGCCAAUAUGUUGUUGAAAAGAAUGACGGAUGACUUUCGUAGAGAGAUAAAGUCGAUACACGACGAUUAUUCAAAUAUUUCGGGUACCCUGUUGCGCCCGCCGCCAGACACAGCCGCCCUGAUGGAACUCAUAGACUACUACGGGAAAGUCGAAGACGUUCUGGUGGACCAGAUGGAAGACAGACUGCGCAAUGUCAUGCGAUAUAUUUUGUUCCUGGGCGAGUAUACUACUUUCACGGCGAAUGAGAUAAAAACUAACAGCCAAGCAUUUCACUGGUACUCGCGCCUGUCUGGCAUUAUUGAAGAAUGUAAGGUAAUGUGUGAGCAGAAAACGGUAGAGUACCAGGAGCUUCUAAAGGUUCGAAUCGCGAAGUUUAUAGAUGAUUUGGAUAUUUACGAACUGCAAUGUGAUGAGGUGCAGUAUUGGGGAGAAAUCAAUGAGUUGCCAACAUAUGUUGCAAAAGCGAAAACUCUCGAUAAUAAGUUAUCCGUAGCAUUGACGAAAAUAGAUCAAUUUAACGAAGAAGAAGCUUCAUUUGGGUAUGAAUUGUCACAGUAUCCAAAGAGAAAAAUGAUAUAUGACAAACUUGUACCAUUUAAAAAGUUAUUUGAUGCUGGUCACGAAUUUAUCGAAAAACAUCGCAGCUGGGUGAAUUCAAAGGUUGGGAGUUUUGAUCCAGAAGAUAUCGAAUCCGAUGUGGGAUAUUAUUACAAGAACGUGUUCAAGCUAGAAAAACAAUUUCAAGACGUGCCUGAUACGUAUCGACUUGCUGUAGCCGUUAGGGAAAAAAUUGACGAAUUCAAGUCAAAUAUGCCAAUUGUCCAAACCCUGGGCAACCCCGGCAUUAAGCCCAGACAUUGGGAGAAGAUAUCCUCAAUUGUUGGGUUUCCUAUUAUCCUGGACGAGGAGUUAACACUGCAGAAAGUCAUCGACUUCAAUUUAGUGGACUUUAUCGAUAAGUUCGAAAGUAUUUCGGAAGCUGCUACUAAAGAAAACAACUUGGAGAAGACAUUGGACAAGAUGAUGAAGGAAUGGGCAGACCUUAGAUUUGAAAUCCUUCCUUACAAAGAAUCCGGAACUUACAUAUUAUCUGGUGUUGACGAAAUUCAAUUGCUACUGGACGACCAUAUUGUUAAAACGCAGACUAUGAAGAACUCACCCUACAUCAAACCUUUCGAAGAAAUCAUUCUCGAUUGGGAAGCCAAGUUAGUAUUGCUACAAGAAAUUUUAGACGAGUGGUUAAAAGUUCAGGCUACUUGGAUGUAUUUGGAACCAAUAUUUUCGUCUCCUGAUAUUCAACAACAGAUUCCUGAGGAAGGGCGUCGCUUCAGUGCCGUUGAUAAGAUGUGGCGAGAAAUUAUGAAGGCAUGCUUUACGGAACCUCGAGUCCUGGACGUGAUCACGAUAGAAAAAAUGGUAGACCGACUAAAGAGAUCAAAUAACUUGCUCGAAUUGGUCCAGAAAGGUCUGAAUGCGUAUCUAGAGAAGAAACGGUUGUACUUCCCGCGCUUCUUCUUCCUGUCCAAUGACGAGUUGCUGGAAAUUCUAUCAGAGACGAAAGAUCCUAUGCGAGUUCAACCUCAUCUAAAAAAAUGUUACGAGGGAAUCGCUAAAUUGUCUUUCACUAGUGAUAUGGUUGUGACGCAUAUGCGCUCCUCUGAAGGAGAAAUUGUGGAACUGGUUAUGACGAUCAAUACCGUUGCUGCUAGAGGACAGGUGGAAAAAUGGUUACUGGAGUUGGAGAAAUCAAUGAAAGUGUCUGUACAUAACGCGGUGGCGCUUUCCUACGAUGACUACUUGGCGCGCGCGCGGCAGGAGUGGGUUCUCGUAUGGCCGGGCCAAGCUGUGCAAUGCGUAGCAAUGACAUUUUGGACCUCAGAAGUGACAGAUGCAAUUCACAUCAGUAUACCGGCUAUGAUGGACUACUGGCACAAGUGUAACUACCAAAUCUCCAAAAUUGUAGACUUGGUUCGCGGCGAGUUAAGUCUGCAGAACAGAAUUACUCUAGGAGCCCUUGUGGUACUGGAUGUGCACGCUCGCGAUGUGCUCAUGCUGCUUAUCGAAUGUAAAGUGCAUCAUGACAACGAUUUUAACUGGCUUUCUCAAAUACGGUACUACUGGGAGGAACAAGAGGAAGAUCUAAGUUGGCAAAUAGCUACCCGCAUGAUCAACUCUCAGUUGAUGUACGGCUACGAGUACCUCGGAAAUGCGGGCCGCUUGGUCGUCACGCCACUUACCGACAGAUGCUUUAGAACUCUCUUCGGCGCUCUACAUUUGAAUUUAGGUGGUGCACCAGAGGGUCCAGCUGGAACUGGCAAAACAGAAACUACGAAGGACUUGGCAAAGGCGGUCGCGAAACAAUGCGUUGUGUUUAAUUGUUCAGAUGGUUUGGAUUACCUUGCCUUGGGAAAAUUCUUUAAGGGUUUAGCAUCUUGCGGUGCCUGGUCAUGUUUCGACGAGUUUAACCGAAUAGACCUGGAGGUGCUGUCCGUGGUGGCGCAGCAGAUCAUGUCUAUCCAGCGAGGCAUCAACUCGGGCGCCACGGAGAUGGUGUUCGAAGGCACCCUCGUACAGCUCGAUAAGACUUGCGCUGUUUUCAUCACCAUGAACCCUGGUUACGCUGGACGAUCGGAGCUGCCUGAUAACUUAAAGGCCUUGUUCCGUUCUGUGGCUAUGAUGGUACCUGAUUAUGUAUUGAUUUCUGAAAUUGAGCUGUAUGCGUUUGGGUAUUUGAACGCAAAACCUCUCGCUGUCAAGAUUGUAGCAACGUACCGUUUGUGCUCGGAACAGUUGUCUUCUCAAAGUCAUUACGAUUACGGCAUGCGUGCCGUGAAGUCAGUGCUGCGUGCGGCGGGCGCGCUGAAGUUGCGCUACCCCGAUGAGGUGGAGGACGUCAUCCUGCUGCGUUCCAUCAAGGACGUUAACCUGCCCAAGUUUCUUGAACACGAUGUGCCGUUGUUCAUGGGCAUCAUUAGUGAUUUGUUCCCGGGAUUACCUUUGCCUUUAGCUGAUUUGCCACACUUAGUUACCUGCUUAAAGGAAGUUUGCGGUCCUCUUAAUUUACAGGCGAAUGAUUUCUUCGUUGAAAAGGUUCUUCAGCUAUAUGAAAUGAUACUAGUAAGGCACGGCCUUAUGUUGGUCGGGUUCCCUAUUUCUGGAAAAACAAAAAGUUACCACGCCCUUGGCGCAGCUCUAGGAUGUGUGUAUGAAAAAGGUUUAAUGGGCGAAAACCCAGUAGAGUGGACAGUAAUAAAUCCGAAAUCUAUUACAAUGGGCCAGUUGUAUGGUCAGUUUGACCCUGUCUCGCACGAAUGGUCGGACGGUAUUCUUGCGGUCAGUUACAGAGCAUUUGCAGUUUCUCCUAAUGACAACAGAAAGUGGUUAGUAUUUGAUGGUCCGGUGGAUGCCAUCUGGAUCGAGAACUUAAACACCGUUCUGGACGACAAUAAAAAGCUAUGUCUCAUGAGUGGCGAGAUCAUUCAGCUCGCGCCUACUACCAACCUAAUAUUUGAACCUAUGGAUCUUGAAGCUGCAUCACCGGCUACGGUUUCCCGUUGCGGUAUGAUUUACUUAGAGCCGAAAGGCCUGGGGUGGCAUUGCCUGCUGGAGUCGUGGCUCAACACCCUGCCGCCCGCCCUGCACAGCGUCAAUCGCAAUCUCAUCAGGACGCUAUUCAAACGGUUCAUGCCGCCUUUACUGUGGCUAGUUGAGUUAUCAGGGCAAACUAAGCAAAUGUAUGUAACAUCACGAAGCAAUUUGGUUAACUCGUGUAUGAAUAUAUAUGACACAUUUAUGGACGAUUUUUAUAAUGAAAAAUAUAUAGAUUCAGUAUCUGAUCUUGAUGUGAGAGCACAAUUAGAGGGCAUCUUCUUCUUUUCCUGCAUCUGGUCUAUAGGAGCAACGUUGGAAGCUAGUAGCCGUCCUAAAUUCGAUAUGAUUUUUAGAGGAUUACUCGACAAAGAAUUUCCAGAAAUGAUCCUUGAAGCUUUGAAAUGUCCGAAGGUUAUCCAUAAACCAGAAAAGCAAUACAUAGUUACUAUUCCAGCGACAGGGACUGUGUAUGAAUUUCGUUAUAUUAAGGAGGGAAAAGGUAAGUGGAAACCUUGGCAAGACGACGUAAUCUCCGCGCCUCCAAUCAGUAAGGAUACUCCGCCAAAUCAGAUACUGGUGACUACCUUGGACAGUGUCACGUAUCUGGCUUUAUUCAAGCUCCUGGUCACGCAUCAUAAAGCAGUCAUGAUGGUUGGCCCAACUGGAACUGGGAAAUCAUCCUACAUCAUUGAUUAUUUGAUUAAGAGAGUUGACACGAAGGUAUUUAAAGCACUUAUAAUGGCAUUCUCUGCUCAAACUAACUGCAAUCAAACGCAGGAUAUAAUUAUGGGAAAGCUUGACAAAAGAAGAAAAGGCUAUUUCGGUCCCCCAGUAGGAUGCUAUUCUGUCGUAUUUGUAGACGACGUGAGCAUGCCGCAGGCAGAGACUUACGGCGCUCAACCUCCUAUAGAGGUUUUACGACAGGGCAUAGAUUUGGGGUUGUGGUAUGAUCGCAAGACUAAUGUCGCUAUGCGUUUAAUAGAUGUCCAGUUUAUGUGUGCAAUGGGAAAACCAACACCUGGAGCAAAACUGAUUACUCCGAGGUUUUCUCGUCACUUUAACUUCCUGUGCAUUGAUGAAUUUGAUGAUGAAACACUUAGAGUAAUCUUCAACAAGAUAAUGGCAUGGCAUCUGGAUACAAGAGGAUUCACAAGAGACUUUGAGCCAUGUAUCGAAGAGGUAGUCAACGGCACUUUAGAAGUUUAUAAACAAUGCCGAUUGAAUUUGCUGCCCACGCCAUCCAAGUCUCAUUACACCUUCAACUUGCGUGACUUCUCUAGGGUUAUUCUGGGUGUACUCUUGUCUAAACCGGACGUAACCCCGGAUACUCAAAGUAUUAAGCGCUUAUGGGUACAUGAGUGUUUGCGAGUCUUCUCGGAUCGUCUCGUAGAAGAUUCGGACCGGCGAUGGAUGGUUAAAUGUUUACGAGCUGCUACAGAGGAGUAUCUCAACGAAAACUUCGAUAAAAUGCUCUCGAGGCUUUUAGACGGACCGAAAGAUACGAUAACCGACCGACAUCUUCGGAAUCUAAUUUACUGUAAUUUUGCAAACCCGAAAGUGGAUACACGUUUCUACAUGGAGACAACCGACAUGGAACAUUUGAAUGCGACCGUGGACGCUUUCCUCGCGGAAUUUAACGCUAUGUCCAAGAAACCAAUGAAUCUUGUAUUAUUCAGGUUCGCUAUAGAGCAUGUAUCGCGCAUAUGCCGCGUGCUGGCUCAGCCGGCGUCGCACGCGCUGCUGGUGGGGCUCGGUGGCUCAGGCCGCCAGUCUCUCACGCGCCUUGCGGCCAGCAUCAACGAGUACGAUCUAUUUCAGGUAGAAAUGAGUCGUACAUACGGAAAGAACGAAUGGCGAGAAGAUUUGAAGUCUUUGUUGAGAAAGUCAAGUACUCCCGACUUAUGUAUGGUGUUUCUAUUCAUUGAAUCUCAGAUUAAAGAAGAAGGAUUUUUGGAAGACGUAAAUAACAUGCUGAACUCUGGAGAGGUGCCAAAUAUUUUUGGUGCUGAUGAAAAAGCAGAACUGUGUGAAAAGAUAAGAGUCAUUGACAGACAAAGGGACAGGUCGUUGCAAACGGAUGGUAGCCCGACAGCGCUGUACACGUACUUCGUAUCGAUCGUGCGAGAUCAGCUGCACAUCGUGCUGGCCAUGUCGCCCGCCGGCACUUCACUGCGCACACGCAUUCGCAAGUUUCCCGCGCUUGUCAACUGCUGCACCAUUGACUGGUUCAUGGAAUGGCCGCCGGACGCCUUGCUAGCGGUAGCAACAAGAUUCUUAAGAGACGUAGAACUGACAGACUUGGAACGUCACACCGCCAUCAAGUUGUGUCAGGUGUUCCACACUGACACGCAAGAGCUAACACGCGCCUUUCUGCUGCGGCUCAAGCGCUACAACUACGUUACACCAACUGCCUACCUCGAGCUCAUCAAUAUGUUCAAAUCGUUGCUGGGUAAGAAACGGACGGAAUUACUUACGGGUGAGAAGAGAUAUUUGACUGGAUUGGAUCAACUUGCCGUAGCUGCCAAGUCGGUCGCAGCGUUACAAAAAGCCUUAGAAGUGCUUCAGCCGAAAUUGGCAGCUGGUGCUGCAGCUGUAGCAGUGACCACCGCGAAAGUGGAGAUGGAGAAGGAAGGUGUAGCCGUAGUGGAGGCCGAAGUGUUAAAAGACCAGGCUGCUGCUGAGGAGCAGGCAGCUGAAGCUCAAGCCAUUAAAGAAGAAUGCGACGCAGAUCUGGCGGAAGCCAUGCCGAUUCUCAACUCUGCUUUAGCAGCGCUUGAUACUCUUACACCACAAGAUAUCACCUUUAUUAAAACCAUGAAAAGUCCGCCUAAAGGCAUCAAGCUCGUCAUGGAAGCUAUUUGUAUUUUAAAGGAAAUGAAACCUGAUAAGAUACCCAACCCGUCGGGCGUCGGAACGAUAGAAGACUACUGGGGCCCGUCGAAGAAACUGCUGAACGACAUCAAGUUCCUGGAGGGUCUGCAGAACUACGACAAGGACAACAUCCCGCCCGCUGUAAUGGCCAAGCUCAUGAAGACGGUCAUGCAGGACGAGGGGUUUGUGCCAGAGAAGAUCCGAGCCGUCUCCGUCGCUGCCGAGGGCAUGUGUAAGUGGGUGAUUGCCAUGACGAAGUACGACAAAGUCGCAAAGGUGGUUGCGCCAAAAAAACAGAGGCUCGCCGCCGCCCAGGCUGUCUACGACAAGGCCAUGGCUGCCCUCGCUGUCAAACAGGCUCAGCUCAGAGAGGUCCAACUCAAACUAGCAAAAUUAGAGGAUGCCUUAGCGGAACAAAAUCGCCAGCAAAAGUUUCUCGAUGACGAGGUGAUGGACUGUAGUAACAAGUUGAAGCGAGCCGAAAUGCUCAUCUCAGGAUUAGGAGGAGAGAAGACUAGGUGGACGCAGAUAGCUAAAACUUUGCGGGAAACGUACAAUUCUUUAACUGGUGACAUUUUAAUUGCUGCUGGUAUUAUCGCCUAUCUUGGACCAUUUACUGCUGCUUUUCGAAUUGAUCAAAUAAAGAAAUGGGCUCAGGCAUGUCACAGUUGCGGUAUGGUGUGCACCCUAAAUUACAGCCUGACUAAAACUCUGGGCGAACCAGUCACAAUACAACAGUGGAAUAUAGACGGACUGCCAGCCGACGACUUCAGUGUUGAAAGUGCUAUCAUUUUAAUGACUGCUCGUCGCUGGCCUCUCAUGAUCGACCCCCAAGGUCAAGCAAAUCGCUGGAUCAAAAACAUGGAAAAGCCUAACAACUUAAAUGUAGUGAGAAUGACGCAGGCGGAUCUUGGUCGAGUUUUAGAAAAUGCUGUGCAAUUCGGACAGCCGGUGCUAUUGGAAAAUGUACUAGAAGAACUAGAUCCAAUGUUGGAGCCUUUACUCCAGCAGCAAACAUUUCGUCAGGGUGGAGCACUCUGCAUAAAAAUAGGUGAUACUAUUGUGGAAUACAGCAAGGACUUCAAACUCUACAUAAGCACAAAGUUAGCAAACCCUCACUAUUUACCCGAAGUGGGCGUGCGUGUGACCUUAGUCAAUUUUAUGUUGGCUAAAGAUGGUCUUGAAGCCCAACUGUUAGCUCGCGUAGUGGCGAAAGAAAGGCCAGAUUUACAACAGGCCAAAUCAGAUUUGACAACACAAGGUGCCGAACACAGGAGGCUUUUGCAGGAGAUUGAAAGGAAAAUCCUUAAUGUAUUGUCCACGUCAGAGCAUCUCUUAGAAGACGAGGAAGCAGUACAGAUAUUAAACUCUGCUAAAGAUACAUCAAAUGAAAUUAAAGAAAAACAAGAGGUGGCCAUGGUCACCGAGAAAGCAAUUGAUACCGCUCGAGAUGAUUACGUACCCAUCGCUGUCCACUCUACUAAUUUGUUUUUCCUUAUUGCAUCCUUAGCAAAUAUCGAUCCGAUGUAUCAGUAUUCUUUGGGGUGGUUUGAAGCUCUCUUCACUGCUGCCAUAAAUAAUACAGAAAAGGUUGAUGAUAUCCCACAGCGACUGGGAAUAUUGCGCGCUUACUUUACAUACUCGCUGUACGCUAACAUCUGCAGAAGUUUGUUUGAAAAGGACAAACUAGUGUUCUCCUUAUUGCUGACGAUCACCAUAAUGGUGGCCGAGGGCGAGCUAGAGCAGAGCCACGUGUUGUUCCUGCUGGCCGGCGCCCAGCCGAGGCACGUGCCGCCCAACCCUGUCCAGUUCCUCGGCCCUCAGGCCUGGACUGAAUUUGUCGGAUUGAAUGAAUUCGACCGAUUUCAUGGCUUAUUGGACCAUUUCAUGGCUAAUAUAGGUGUAUGGAAGGACUAUUGCGACCUAGAGGACCCGCAAGACAACCCUCUGCCAGCGCCGUGGGAUAAGAAAUGUACUCCCUUUGAGAAAAUGAUGAUCCUGCGUUGCCUUCGUCUAGACAUGAUGACACCAGCCGUUCAAGACUUCGUGCAAAAUAAAAUGGGUCGUAAAUUUGUUGAGCCUCCACUUUUCGAUUUACAAUCUUCGUAUUCGGAUUCUCAUUGCUGCAUACCUCUUCUAUUUGUGUUAACUCCUGGAUCGGAUCCCAUGGGCACUCUGCUUAAAUUUGCCGAUGAUCAGGGAUUUGGAGCCUCCCGUCUUUUCUCUCUAUCGCUGGGCCAAGGCCAAGGCCCUAUAGCUGUCAAGCUUAUAGAAGAAGGCGUCCGAAGUGGUACUUGGGUGGUGUUGCAGAAUUGUCAUCUAGCCAAAAGUUGGAUGCCAAUGCUUGAAAAGAUUUGUGAAGGUCUUAAACCGGACACUACCCACCCGGAUUUUAGGCUUUGGCUGACCUCGUACCCUGCUGACCACUUCCCUGUCUACGUGCUACAAAAUGGAGUAAAAAUGACCAAUGAACCACCACAAGGAUUAAGAGCAAAUAUCGCUCGGUCGUACCAGAGUGAUCCGAUCAAUAAUCCAGAGUGGUUCGAAGGCAACAAACAGCCGGUGUUCUUCAAGAAGCUGCUGUUCGCGUUGUGCUUCUUCCACGCGGUGGUUCAGGAGCGGCGGCAGUUCGGCCCGCUGGGCUGGAACAUCCGCUACGAGUUCAACGAGACCGAUCUUAGCAUCAGUAUCACACAGCUUAACAUGUUUCUCAAUGAAUAUAAAGACGUACAAUUCGUGGCUCUGCGCUACCUGACGGGCGAGUGCAACUAUGGCGGCCGUGUCACGGACGACUGGGAUCGCCGCUGCCUCAACACCAUCCUCUUUAAGUUUUACAACCCCAAAGCUAUCUACGAUAAGAAGUACAACAUUGACUCAACAGGCACCUACUAUAUCCCGGAACUGAAGGAGCAUAGCGAGUUUAUUGCGUACGCGCGCUCUCUGCCGGUGGCUACGCCGCCUGGCGUCUUCGGCUUCCAUCCCAACGCGGACAUCACCAAACACUUCCAGGAGGCCAACGAACUGCUUGGCACGGCCGUUAAGACACAGGACACAAUGGCAGGAGGAGGUGGCGGCGAAACACCGGAGGAGCAAGCCAUGGCCAUCGCAGAAGACGUGCUGGCGCGAUUACCUGCUAAGAUUCUAUCAGGCCCGUCCCAUGAAGGCGACCUCAAGCCGGCCGAGAUGUCGCCCAUGUCCAUCGUGGUCAUCCAGGAGGCGGCGCGCUUCGAGCGCCUUGUCAACAUCGUCCGGACUAGCUCACGAGCUGUCAUCGGCGCUGUGCAAGGGGUCAGUGUGUUAACGGACGCAACGGAAGAGGUGCUGACGAGCAUGGUGCGCGGCCGUAUACCUGCAUUAUGGGCCGGCAAGAGCUACCCGUCGCUAAAGCCGUUUGCAGCUUACGUCAACGAUCUUUUGGCCCGGCUUGAAUUCUUACAGCACUGGCACGCGAACGGGCCGCCGGUGGUGUUCUGGCUGUCGGGAUUCUACUUCCCGCAGGCGUUCCUCACCGCCGCGCAGCAGAGCUACGCGCGCAAGUACAAGAUACCCAUCGACCAGCUCGCCUACCACUAUGAGGUGCAACGUGUAUUGGAGCUGGAAGAACCACCGGUAGAAGGGGUGUACAUCAAAGGGCUCUUUAUGGAAGGUGCCCGCUGGAACAGGGAGUCCUAUUACAUCGAUGAGUCGUACCCCAAAGUCCUCUACGACACCUUCCCGCCGGUGUGGCUGAUCCCUAUGAAGACAGUGGAUCUCCCCGUAGCGGAGUUCUACAACUGCCCGCUGUACAAGACGGGCGAGCGGCGCGGCGUGCUGUCCACCACGGGCCACUCCACCAACUACAUCCUGUUCAUGCGGCUGCCCGGCUGCAAGCCGCCCGACCACUGGAUCAUGCGCGGCGUUGCGCUUCUUACGCAACUGCACUUCUAGG